AUGUCGACCAUUUCCUUGGCAGCGGCUGUCGCUGGAGCGUUGGAUAAUGCGGCAGUCGUGAGCGGGCGGGCGAUACUAUUGGGAGACGAGAACUGGACGAUGGCCGAGUAUUGGGGGAUGUUCUUCAAGGCGGCGGGGGGGAGCAAUGCCAAGAUUGAGGCUUCGGAUGAGGAUCACCCUCUACUGCCACGUUCUUCCAUGUUUGCUGAGCAGGAGACAGUCGUGUAUAAGCCUGAUGCAGCCGAUGUCGCUUUGCUGGGGGGGCAUCGCCGAGGCGAUGUUGAAAGCACCAAUAGGGAGAUUGUACGCGAGUAUACUUCAUGA